AGUCAGCAGAGUCAGUUGAGGUUUUGCCGUCGUGCCAGUCGGUUGUACAUUUCGGGCAAUGGGAAACACCCAGUCAGAGUGUUAAACUGAAUUUAAGAACCCCCAGUUCCAAGAUUGGUUGCCAGCAUCGAGAAAAACAAUAACUGAUUAAAUAACGGAUAAACAAAAUUGUGUGCGUCUAAAUGUGUGGCGAUUGGCCAGCUGUGCAGAGGAUUUAGCCAUUUCGACUGGUUGUGCCAAAGUCCUCACCCGACUGGAAAUCGUAGCCAUUUGGACAGGAGCGGAUCUGGAAGGAAUCGAAAUUUCAAAAUUUCUACCAACUUAUUCACACAAUGGAUUUUGUUAUUCUUCAAGUCAAUGGAGUAGACGUGUCUAAGUCGUCGCAUGAAGAGGCGAUUGGCGUGUUUCAAUCGGCGUCGGAACCCAUUUUGGUGCAGAUGCUUCGGCGGGCCCCUGUCAAACCUUCACCAUCAGAACUGUCGUCGGUUAAGAAUCAGGAGAAACCUUUGAAAAAGGAAAACGCUGUUUCAUCUUCUUCUUCUCCGACAUGCAUCACCCAACGGACUUGCUGCCUACAUGAAAACGAAUCUUAUAAUAGCAACAGAAGCAACGUCCAAGUUCAGACGGACUGGGCCGGGGUGGAUCUACCCGUUUGGAGCGCUAUUGAUUUCUAUCACCAGGAAGCCCUUGGCGAAGCUGAAGAUGGAAUUGACGAAGACCAAGAAAUGGAAUAUGAGGAAAUCAAGUUGAAACGGGUCAAUUCUACGGACAAACUGGGAUUGACGCUAUGCGACGGUUUGUCAGUGUCUCGAUCGAAUUACAACGAGGACGGCAAGCUGACGGCAGCAACGGAAAGAAUCGAUUCAGCCGAUGAAAAACCCCCAAGAUCAAAGCCACAAUUCGAUACCAGUGAGAAAACUGCUGAAUUCGAAGAAGACGAAGCAUGCAUUGAUGAAAACGACUUGGAGGGCCAAGAUAAAGAAGUCUACAUCCAAGCCGUUGCCGAAGGUAGCCUUGCGGCCGCCGAUGGAAGGCUCUUUCAAGGCGAUAUCCUUUUGCAGAUAAAUGGCAUAGACGUUCAAAAUCGAUACCAAGCCGAGACUUUGUUUGCUGCUGCCACCGGACCUGAAAUAACGCUGCUUGUAUCACGACCACACAAUCAAGCCGAUCCUUUGGAUGUUCUGUCCGUGGCAUUCCCCUUUCCUGAGCUUGAAGAAGAAUUCCAAGAAGAUGCGGAAACGGACGAAGAUGUUCAAGUCAAUUUGGAAGUAGAGAGAAUGGAAGAUGGAAGCAAGAGGAGAACAGAAAAAGGAGAAAAUGACAAUGAACAACUUCAAGCCUUAUACAUGAAGGAAAACCAUGGCCAUGAAGGUGAAUGGCGCCAGGACAGUGGAUUUGGAACAAGUUCUCUUCCGCGUAGCUAUAGUGAUCAGGACCCUAAUGAAUGUUCUAACGAAAGAACUAUGAGGUCACGGAUGAGUAACGAAUCCACACUCAGUCAAUCAACAGAAGAAACGCAAGCAUGCGCUUACAAGGCAACGGAAUCGUGUGGAAAUCGGACGACCACUGAUUUGGUCACCGAUAAAAGGUUGAACGUGGUAAACAAAAAAAUGAAAUCGAUGGAAUUGGAAUGUGCGACUACUUCCGCUCGCUAUUCCCGACCACCGGCCCAUCCGACCAGGAAAGAGGAAAACGAAAAAGACGACUCGGAUCACAUUUAUGAAACGAUUUCGGAAUGCUUGGAUCAAGAGCCUGUCUACUCGAUUCCGUACGAAGUCUCAUUUGAACCAAUCAAUACCAAACCAUCCACGAGCCAUUCUUCAAGCCCUCGUGCAUUUCGAGGCGGAGCAGAGAAUAAAUCUGGAAAUAAAGAUGCUUCUCUGUGCACGGAAACUACUCUAGUCAAAACAAGUAUCCAGUCCCUGUACAAGAAUCACUACAGCAAGCGCGGCGGAAUGCCACGUUCUGAUCGAGUUGAAAAGGCCAACGAUGUCGAGCAAUGGAUACGGCAAGCGACAGCUGUUUCUCCAUCACAGCCACCCGGCGGUUUAUACGAACCCAAAAAGAAUGCCGACUGGAAAGGCACGACCUCCACUAAAUUCAGUUCAAGCAGUGGAGAUUCCAGCGGAAGAAAAGAAAAGAAACUGGCGACUGUUGGCCAGAAAAGAAUCAGCAACGAAGAAGCGAUGAAGAAAUCGGUUAGUCGCGAUCGUCAGAGACAGAACCAUUUUUGCACAGGCGAAGAUCGCGAUACGUCCAGUGCGUACAACACUGGAACUGGGGAAUCUUGGCGAAGUGCUCAUUUAUCGCAGCCUUUGCCACCUGGGCGAGCUGCCAUUCAAAAUGAGCAUUGCGUGUGUUGUGAAAAGCCUAGCGUUGCUGAGCAGACGAAUAAUUCAGGAUGGAUGCAGUCAACGCUCUCACUUUCCAUCUCGGUGUCGGGUGAUCGCCUAGAUCCUGUAUCGGGCUCUCUGGUUCCCACCAAUAAAACAGCUGACUGUGGUCCUCAGUCCUAUUUCGACUCUGAGACGUGCACAGGUUUACCCUGCGAAAGUUGUCGCCCUUGCCUCCACAACAACCACACAACUGAGCCACAAAGAACCAAACGACAUCCUCCUCAACUUGGAGAGGUUGGCAAAAGAAAGCUUCUCAACCGACCCAAGGACAGCGACAACAAUCGCCCAACUCGAAAUGACAUGAUGGAAAGAAACUGCAACUACGUCACCAUGCUACCAGCAACACGGACAAUGUACACUAAUGCAGAGAACCUGCAGCAAACAAUAUGGUUGCAACAGCAACUAUUUCAGCAGCAAUUACUUCAAAAGCAGCAAGCGCAAAUGGCUGGCAAACGUAACGUUCAAUUGAUGUCCACAAUUGAGGAAGAUGCCGUUCAGACUGGGUCGUUUGGCAAACUUUUAUUGUCACAACACAGCCAGGAACGUUACAGCAGAAAGCCAAACGAAGUAUUCACUUCCGAACAGUUGCAAAAUCACGAGCGCAAAUAUCUCGAGUCGAACACGGAAUGGCGAAUGAAGAAACGGGCGGAUGGCACUCGAUACAUAACACGACGUCCAACUCGGGACAGGUUGCUGCGCGACCGAGCUCAUCAGAUCUCUGAAGAACGAGCCGGAACAACCACUGACGAUGACACACUUUCUGAAUUGAAGCUGGGACGCUACUGGAGCAAAGAAGAACGUAGGCAGCACGUAGAAAAGGCUCGAGAAAGACGACAGCGACAAGAGGAGCUCAUCCGUUCAAAGUUCCAUACAACUUGUCCACUGAUUGACAACGACAACCAACAUUGUCCCAUCGAACAGAUCAUGCAGCCGACUCAUACGCGUUCUGGAUACAAAGCAGGUGUAACUAAUAAAAACAGCAGAACCAAGUUAACGACGGAAAACUCUAAACAUAUACCGACCGGCCUUCUCACUGUUACCAUGGUCUAGGACCAAGUGACGAGUGUUGCUUAGUGUUGACUAAAGUUCAUUUAUGCUGUAUAUUUUGUACAGCGUCUCGUUUUCAAUAUGUAAUACAACAACGUGUUCCGGUACGGCGAUAAAAAGUCAACCGGUAAUCCGUAAUUAUGAUGAAAUUGUACUUCUGUACUUGCCCUUAAUCUUGUGCGAAUACCAGUAUGAAAUAUAAAGAUUUUCCAGUA